UGCUGUGUAGGGCGGUGUCCACAACAUUUCACCUGAGUGUGUCUUUUAAAGAGCCAGGGCCAAUCAGAGAAUGAUGAACAUAUUUCACAUGUCGGAAAAGAGAGACACUGGGCUUUAUUGUUGACUGAUGGGGAAACCAGAUAGGCGACCUGCUCUGUCCCAGAGACGUACACGUUGUGUGGUUAAAAUGUGACCAGGAGCAGUGUUUUGGGAGACGAGGACGACGUUGUGAGGAAAGGCGCUCCAGAUGGAGAUCGAUUUACGGCUGGAGUCAAGUUUGUGGAUCGGGACUAAGAGAUACCUGGCUGUCCUCACAGGCUGGCAUUUCAAGUGGACCGAGGUAGAUAAGAAGAACCGCGAGAAGAAAACAGUUUCAGUGCCGGUGGCUGAGGUGGUUGGAGUGGAGGACGGCCAGGUGGAGGUUUUGCCCCAGAAGUGUGUUGAGGUUACGGACAAAGAUUUCACAGUUUUUUAUGUGAAGCGUAACAGCAGUGGGGGUUCCCAUGGAUUGCUAUGGAAAUUGGGCCGGAUUCAGUUCAGCUGCCCUAGUCGGGACCUCAGAGACCAGUGGACGAAACAGCUAAGGACCGCUCUAAAAACUCACAGUCCUUUGCGUCCACACAGACUGUUGGUUUUCAUCAACCCAUUUGGAGGAAAGAAGAAAGGAAGACAGAUUUAUCAUUCUCUGGUCGCUCCAUUAUUUGAGCUGGCUGGUAUCUGCUCACAUGUAAUAGUGACUGAACGGGCAAACCAGGCCAGAGACCACCUCUUGAAGAAAGAUCUGACAAGCUUUGACGGUGUGGUCUGCGUGGGUGGGGAUGGCAUGUUCAGCGAAAUACUUCAUGGUGUGAUUGGGCGUACACAACAAGAGGCAGGCUUUUGUGAGAAUGAUCCAGCUGUCACUUUGCAGCCUUGUCCACUUCACAUUGGCAUCAUACCUGCAGGUUCUACGGACUGUGUGUGCCAUGCCACGUUGGGGGUGAUCGACCCUGUUACUUCAGCUUUGCACAUCAUCAUUGGAGACUCUCAGCCUUUGGAUGUAUGUUCAGUCCAUCAUGGCUCCUCUCUAGUGUGCUACUCAGUGUCUCUCUUGGGCUAUGGUUUCUAUGGGGACGUACUGGCUGAGAGCGAAAAACAUCGCUGGAUGGGACCUCUAAGAUAUGACUAUUCAGGCACAAUGGUGUACCUUAGCAACAGAACCUACACAGGAACAAUUCAGUAUCUACCAGCAGACCCACUACUCUCCAGCCCAAGGGACAAAACACGCUGCCUUUCUGGGUGUGGUGUGUGUUCCAGAAGCACAGAAAGACUUUUCCCCAACUCCUCUGACACGGGCUCCAUAUACAGCUCCUACUCUUCCGGCCAGUUCAGUGCUGAGUCAGAAGGUGAAUGGGUGAGAGUGGAGGGCAAGUUCAAGUGUGUGUCUCUCACUUGUAUGUCCAGCUCAUGUGCUAGAAGUCCCCAGGGUCUUUCUCCGUCUGCCCACCUGGCAGACGGAACUGGGGACCUCAUCCUAGUGUGGGACACUCACCCACUGGGCUUCCUCAGGUUCCUCUACAGGCACACGAGCACACAGGACCAGUUUGAUCUGCCUUUUGUGGAGGUCCAUCGGGUCAAGGCAGUCCGUUUCUCUGUGGCAGGAGGCAAAGAGGAAAACGGGCAAGAGGAAAGUAGAGAGCCAAUUCAAGAACAGGACGGAGAAGAAAGAGCAUAUGCAGAGACUGAAAGCAAAGAUGGAUCUCAGCAUCACCUCGCUGAACGAUCCAUGGAACGGGGAAUGAAAAAAGAGAAAAAAACAGCGAUUCCCUUCCUGUGUGGACUGUGUUGCAAAAAAGAUCCCACUGCAUCAGUGUGGAACUGCGAUGGGGAGAUUCUGCCUUUCACUGACAUCCACUGCAGGAUUCAUGGCCAGUUGGUCCGUCUGUAUGCAAGGGGCAUCGAGGAUGGAGCUUCAAUACGCGACUGCAUCUAGGGGAGGGUCAACUGUCAUGGAAAAUAGUCUCACUUACAUUUGGGUUGAUGAGAAAAAUGAGAAUUUAAGGAAAGAACAGCCAGUCUUCCUGUCUGACAUUGCCAAAUAGCUCCUUAUAUUUCAGGUACAUUUAUUUUUUUCACUCUUAUAACAAGAAAGAAGUAUUUAUUCUUGUAUGAGUUGAUGCUGUUCCUUUUACCCUUAUCUGUGAUGCAGGUUUUUCUGCACAAAAUCUAUUUAACCUGUUAUGGUGUACGGUGUUGAUUGUGGUCUGUAUUUUUUUUUUUUUCUUGGUCUACGUGACCUUCCAGAAAAUAUAGUCAUGAGUAACUUUAACAUUUUUUUUAUUUAUUCAAUAAAAAGGACUAACCAUU